GAGAUUAUAAUAUCGAAAUUCUAAAAGUUGCUCUUAGAAAUGUAUUUAAUAUUGAAUUUAUACAAAUUGAUGCAUUAGAAAGAAAUACGACGUCUGUACAAAGUCUAAUUCUAUCUAAUAUUCACAAUGUUCAAGCAUUAAUUAUUCAACAAAAUAAUCAUUAUUAUUGUUUACGUCGUUUUCGAUUGACAAAAGAUUAUUUUUUCAAAAUAGAUUCCAAGUUUCCAUUAUAUCAUGAACCUAUUCAUCGUGGACAUAUACUGAACUUUCUUCGUGCUCUUCUAGCAAAUCACUCAAACAUCUACGUACUUGUGCAUUAUACUUCGGAUCAUGCUGAUGAUCAACUUUCUAUAGAUAAUAUCGAAACAAGACUAUGGCCAUUGCCAGAUGCACCAGCUGAUCUAGAGUGUUUACUUGAUUUACAUCAAACUCAAUAA